AACACAACAUAAACCCCAGGGAUAGAUGAACUACAAAUGAGAAAGAGGAAAAGAUGGAACUGCACAUCCUAGAGCACAGGCUCAGAGUGGCCAGCAUAGCCAAGGAGAGCAUCCAGUUGUUUACCUAUGGAUUAAUCAAACUUGCUUUCCUGUCCUCUAAGACGAGGUGCAAGUUCUUCAGCCUCACAGAAACCCCUGAGGACUACACCAUCAUUGUGGAUGAAGAGGGCUUCCUAGCAGCAGCAGCAUGUUUGCAGAGGCUCGUGCUUGGACAUGCAGCUGAGCUUCCUUCCUCGGAACACUUGAGCGUGGCCGAUGCAACAUGGCUUGCCCUCAACGUGGUGUCUGGUGGAGGUGGUUUCUCCAGCUCCCAGCCCAUCGGAGUGACCAAAAUUGCCAAGUCAGUCAUAGCACCCCUAGCUGACCAAAACAUCUCAGUGUUUAUGCUCUCCACCUAUCAGACGGACUUCAUCCUGGUGCGUGAGCGAGACCUGCCCUUCGUGAUGCACACGCUGGCUGCUGAGUUCACCAUCCUCAGAGUAGUGAACGGGGAGACUGUGGCUGCUGAUGACUUUGGGGUAACAAAUGGAUUUGUCAAACCAAAACUAGUUCAGAGGCCUGUCAUUCAUCCUCUCUCCAGCCCAAGUAAUAUGUUCUGUGUCACCAGCCUGGAUCCAGAUACCCUUCCCACUGUUGCUACACUCCUGAUGGAUGUCAUGUUUUACUCCAAUGGAGUAAAAGACUCAGUGGUGGGCAACGAAGACUCGGGACAUAUUCGCUUUUUCUCCUUUUCUCUCAUUGAGGGUUACAUCUCCCUGGUCAUGGAUGUCCAGACGCAGCAGAGAUUUCCUAAUAAUUUGUUGUUUACAAGUGCAUCUGGUGAGCUCUGGAAGAUGGUGAGGAUUGGUGGGCAGCCUCUUGGCUUUGAUGAAUGUGGAAUUGUUGCUCAGAUUUCUGAGCCUCUGGCUGCAGCCGACAUCCCAGCCUACUACAUCAGUACUUUUAAGUUUGAUCACGCCUUGGUACCUGAAGAAAAUAUAAAUGGUGUGGUCAAUGCACUCCAAGUCAGUCAAGCUGAAAAGCAUUAGAAAUCUUCUGAGCUGGUUCCAGAUGCUUUUUAUUAUUCUAAUAAUAAUAAUAAUUAUUAUUAUUAUUCUUUUUUUCUCACAGUAUUUCUUGAAAAAUCUGAUUACAGAGAGUGACAUGAAAAGAGACUGUGGAAAGUUGAGCAGAAACAGCUCCAAUAAGCCUUUGUUUUAAUUAUUAUUAUUAUUGUUAUUAUUAUUAUUAUUAUUGUUAUUUUAUUAAAUUUAUGAAUGAGGGGCAGGAGGAGAGGGAGUUUGUAUGGUUUACUGAUGUUCAGCUCCGAGGUGAAGUGACCCCUGGCUGUGCUCAGUGUGGAAGGAGCUGCCCAGGGACACCUGGGGACACCCAGGGACACCCAGCACGGAUGGCCCUGGGCACACUGUGAGAGCAGUGGGGUGGGCCAAGAGCAGAUGGACAGGCUGCUGCCUCAGAGAGCCCUGAAAACCAGAAACAAAGUGAAAUAUGGAAUUAAACAGAAAAGACAUCGCAUAGUACUGGCUUGUCUCCUUGCAUCAGACUUCUGAGGACUGUCCAUCACUGCCUGUGUUGAGACAGGAUGCAAAGGGUUCUGCUUCCCCUGACAGAACAAUUUGGUGUUGGAAAAGAGGAAAAUAACAAAUUGUUUGACAUUUCCCCUUUUUCUUUCUCCCUGCAGUCAAAGCCUGGGCAGGGGAGCUCAGCUGUGGCCAGCUCCUGGCAGGUGGUGUCACCAGACUUGUGUCUGCACUGAAACUUGGCUGGUUUGGGUCAGUUUUUCCAGUCACUUCCUCACUGUUCCAAGUAUUCUCCUGCCAUGUCCCCUGCUCCAGGACAGCUGUUGUCCCCUUACCCCACAUCAGAGCCUUCCCCCAGCCCUUGUUCCUCAGGGCCAGCAAGAGGAGGAAGGGCUCUUUUCUCCUGUCCCCUCAGGCUUUUUCCCAUCCAGUGUGCACACAUGGGGAAAUAAAGCAUUGCCCAGGGUCCCUGGGAGGCUGCUCUUGCACGUCCAGGCCACCUUGGCCAAGAGCCACUGAAGGUUCCCUCUGCUAGGGCCAGGAGGGGGCCUGAGUCUUGUGGGGACCCUCCUGCAGUUUUUCAUCACACAGGUGGAAAUUGCUGCUGACUGGGCAAAGUAAAGUGGUGCUGAAAAUGCCUCAAACCUGCUGGCAUCUGGUCCUGCACAGGAAGAUGAUGGGGCUAUUCCCAUGGGGAGGCAGUAAUGUGUUUUCCUCUGGCUUGUACCACGGCCAGCAGGAGCCUGGCAUCAAGGCCCACAGUGGCACCUGUGUCCAGGCUGUGCCAUGGCCACUGCCAGCACUGUGGAGGACAGCAGAGAGCAGGGCUGGCAGAGAAGUGUUACCCAGGGUGUGGGUGCCAGCCCUCUGCCCCACUCUGACCAUGCAACGAGGGCUGGUGAGAGGAGAGGCUGCCUGCAGAGGACCUUGCUGUUGUGAUUACCAGCCCCAGCUUAUCUUGCAUUUCUUAACUUCUUCCACUUCAGGCUUGACAUAAAGAAUUUGCAGAUCUUGCCUUUUUCCCAAGGGCUUUCCAGCCAUGCUUCAGAGACAGCCUCUGGCAGGAUUUUCCUGAGGCUGUGCCAUAUACAGCUGUGAGCCAGGGUUUUGCAUUAAUCUGGAGGCAGGAAGCAAACACCUGGGGUCAUGCCAUGGCAUGGUUUUUACUGGAGUGUAGGACAAGCAAACACACACACAGACAGAGCUGGUUGAUUAGUUCUGCAUUCACAGUACUGGAGGGCCAAGCAGUUAUGGUUUCUGAUGCUGCUGGAAUCAAACUGAGUUUCAAAUCUGAUUUUUCACCAGUGGGAUGUUUUGUGGCAUGUAGACAGGGAGUCAGAGCAUCCAUGGAAAAAGUAUGGAUGACUUUCAUUGGUUGGCCCUACUGGAGCUGAAGCAUCCCUGCUGAGGAACACGGGGGCACAUGUUCAUGUUUUACCAAACAGGAUCUUCUGCUGUUCCUUUGCAUGGGUUUUCAAAAUUGUCCCAUGAUAUGACUAAAGGUUUAUUCUAGAUGUGGCACUGUGCACCUCUGGAUGUUUGUUUGGAAAGAUGCUGUGGUCUCCUGCCACAAGGACAGGCACAGUGCAGUGCUGAAAGCAUCUGGAGAUGUUUGCUGUGGGCACUGAGCUGGGCUGGAGUGGGCAGCAAGGCCAGAGGUGGCUUUUCACCCCAGAUGUUGUCAGAGGGCUGGGGGGAGAGGGAUGUUGAGUUGCUGUUCAGCUGCUGAGUUGCCAGCCAAGGUUUGUGUGUGUGGGUGGUGCCACCAUGCCAGAGUCAUCAGGACAGGUCUGCCUUCUGCUCUGGGGUUCUGCCAGCCUUUGGGAAAUGCCAGUUUUGGCAUCAGAGAGUACCAAGUGUUGCUGUGCAUGUGCCAGUGCUGCUUCCAAAGGACUUCAGCCUGGAUAGAAAGGAAGGAACUUGAAACAAGCAACUUUACUGAGCCUUAAAUGAAAGCAAAAAAAAAAAAGAAAGUUUUAAUUUUCUAACAGUGCAUUCAGGCUGUUUUAGAGGCUGAUUUUUUGUAAUUUAAUUUUUUUUUUUCCUAAGGGAAUCAGCCUUAUAUUUGUGAAAUCUGUAGAAAGCUCUAUGGUAUUUCAAACCUUCGAAAGGAAGGUUGAAUGUCCCAACAUGGGAGAGUUGGCCUGAAAAUCACAGGAUGUAAAAUGCUGUUGAGGGACUCUGACACUGCCACCAUCCUUGGCUUCACCUUUUCAUUUCCUUUUAUCUUUUUGUUCUGACAUCCAAGAAGAUUGCUUCAGACAGCUUGAUGCUUUCCCUUUAGUGUUCCUUUCAUAUUUUUUCUGGUGGGAACUGGGAUAUACUCCAAAUGUGGCCAUAAUUGGUGGAACCUUGUUCCUGCACCAGCCUGCAGUCAGGAUCAAUUCAAGUUUGCCCAGUAGUGCUGCAUGUGAGACCUACACUGCAGGAAGGGCUCUGCAGGGGCUUCAGUAAAUAUUUUCACAGAAAUAAUGAUACCACCACACUACUGACACCCCAGUGCUUAGUGAGCCCAAAGUAGGGGGGCUCUUAAAGCUGCUCCACAGCUCCCACUCUGAGCACACAGCCUUUGAGGUGGGGAAGAAGACUUUUCCUUUUUUUAAAGGAAGAGUCUCUUCCUUUUAUUCCUUAUGAUAAUACAUCUGAGCAUGCCUGACAUUUUGCUGUUCAGUAAUGUGUGGAUGAAGGAGGAACAUGUCUCAGUGGGACACCCUUGGCCUGGGUGCCUGGAUUACCUGCAGCUGCCCUCAGCAUCCCUGCUCAGCGCUCUGGGCAGCUCCACCUGGCAUGGCUGCUGUCACGAGGGAUUGCCUCAAUGCCCCUCCCCGUGCCCUCUCUCCUCACUAAAUUUACCAAACAGCAAAAUGCAAAAGUGUUUCCAGCCAUGCAGAAAGGGGUAGGCUUUCUCCAAGACCUUUAUUUUCUUAGAAGCCUCAACCUUUCCAAGCUGUGCUAUUAGAGUUUUGUCUUUCUCCCUCAACCCAAUUAGAAUGUGACUACAAAUUCCUUUCUACUGAGCAAGUGUGUGCAUAUAUAUACAUGUUAAGUGUUUCCAUAGAAAUCCACAGCGUGUCCCUAUGGCACACCUGUAAAUACCAUGUUUGUCUGUAGGGUUGUACCCUGUGCAUGGUGUGGGCACUCAGGCACUGUAGGUUCACACACAUGUACAGUGUAUGUGUGUGUACUCUGGGCACACUCCCUUGUGUGUGCAUCUGUGUAGUGAGUACUGUAUACACACAUUGAUUCACCAUCUAUUUUUAAUUCAAGUAAUGGGCAAUGUGAGUAUUAGUUCCACUCUUGCUUUUUCUUACAUAUGUUUAGUGAAGAGCAGCAGUGGAGUCGACCUGAAGCAAAGCAAUGCUGUGCUUUAGAUGUAUCAGCCUCCCUCAUGGGGAGGGGCCUUCAUGGAAAUAAUAUACACUCAUCAUACUGCUGCUCUGAAAUGUGUUUUAAACCCCAAGUUCUCUGGUACCAUUCCCAGGGCACAGGCUGCUGGCCAGAGACAAUUCAAUCCUCCUCUCUCACUGGGAGCUUGUUGGUGUCAGGUCCUGCUUUGGGCUAGCACGUGACACUGAGCAGGGAUGCACUUUUUAAGAUGUACCACGCAGAUUUGGGUGUGGGAGCUUCUAGGUUGUGCUGGGAGGUCCUGAUGGCUCCAGCCAAUCAAAGCAUCCAACAGAAGUGUAUCAGGUUUUAUGUCUCUGAAGCGUGAUGUUUGUCCUGCCAGCACUGGGAGGAGAUAAGGCAGUGCAGGAUAAGGGAGUGUGUGGCAGAGGAGGUUGCUCAGGCUGCAGCCUAGCUCCCUGAGAACUCAGUUGUUUCCCUGGUGCUCUUGAUGCUUUAAGGAAUGUGUCGACCCCUGAGAGAGGCAAGGCAAGGAGCAGCUCUGCUCAGAGCUCUGCCAUUGCACUGCAUUUGCAGGAUUUGCUGCCUUCAGGCACGAGCUGCUGACACAUUCCCCCACUGGCUGCCCCACAAGUCUCACCCUGUGUCUGUGAGAGGAGGGUUAGUGACUGACAUCCUGUGAAGGUUGGGAAGCUCUCUGGGACAUAAAAGGCUGAAUUGCACGUGCUUGAUCAGAGCCUGCCUCUGAGAAGUGGUUUUCUGUCUUUUCCCAGCUUUGCUAUACAAAACUUGAAUUCUUUUUCUUAGAAAGAGGCCCCAUCCCUGGUGUUGCUGAUGCUGCUGUGAGUGCCUGGCUGCAGAAGGGCCAGGGCUUCAGGCCAUGCUGACCUGCAGCAGCCACGGCGUCAGCCCAGGCUCCUCUGUUCCCAAAGGCAUCUAGGACUGACUUGGCAUUGUCCCACCCAUCCAUUCUGUGGCAGUGCAGGGUCUGCAGAGAUCCCUCUUAGUGACAGGCAUGGGAAAGGCAGGGGAAGAACAGGGAUAGGUGAGUGCUGAGUGAUGCAAAAGAGUUAAUAUGUUCAUUUUUAGUUGUGCACAUAUGAAGAUACUGAAGUUCUGCUUGUUGUUGUGAACACCAAAGCAUUUUCUUUCUCCUUUUUGACUGAAACAGAUCACCCCACCCUGCCCAGCCUCCAUGCUCAGCCCAGUAUCCCAGAAGAUGCAUUUGUCCCAGUCACACCAUCCCAGCAAGGGUGGGCAGCAUGACCCCUCUAAACCCCCAGUACUUCAAUAUCUCCUGAUGCUCAGCCUGUCCAUAGGGGAAGGCUCCCAAGAAUCACUGUGGGUUUUGAUGUAAUGAUGGUAUUGGGUUCUGUGGCCAGAGGGGUUCCUCCCAUCCUUGUGGUUCUCCCCAUCCAUGCACCCACACAACUGUUCAAGAGCACCAGGUCAUCCAAAUUCCUUAAUUUACAGGUCAGCAACAUGAAUGGGAGGUGCUGGGUUCUGCAUUGGUACAGUCACUGCUCACUGAGCACAAGUGUUCCUGUCAGCACUGGAUAAUUGGUAUUUUCUGUUAAUGAAAAGGGAGAAAUGCUUUGUUUGGCCUCAGGCUGAGCAUUGCUCCUAAUUCCUGAAAGAAGGUGUCCCCCCAGCAGCAUUCUGUUAAGGACAAAAAGUAAUUUUCUGAUGAGGGUUUCUUCUCUCUCUGUUGCUUUGACUGUUGUGGACAUCUCCAGUAAGCAGCUUAAGGCAUCUCACUUACCUCUUCCAGUCCUGCCUGCAAACACUGGAUUGGAUUAAACUUCUAUUAUUUGCAGGAGAGUAAACCCCAGUAAUCCUUUGCCCAUAGUAUUUACAGGUUGUAGCAUGCCCUGGGGUGUAUUUACAUUGGCUGAAAUGUGCAAACCUGCCUCCAGAUUUCCAGGCCUUCUCCCCAUGAGUGCAUCUGUCUGUCUGUCUGCACCCUGCCAUAUGUCAGGGGCCAGCAAUAUCCCUCAGGCAUCCUGGCAGCACUGAACUGGUGUGGAAACAGCCUGCACAUCCCCACAAGGCUGUGGGACCUUCCCAGGCUCCCUGGACUUCACACUUGAGUGUGAAGAUAAGCUUUAGUUACUCUGCUGUCCUUGGCCUCCUUCUUUACUUAAUCCUUAUGAAGCACAGCUGGGUUGAGCUACCAGCUCCUGUUAGCAAAGGUGAAGGAAAGAAAGGGGUUCUGCAGUGAGAGACGUGCCCUGGAUGCUGAUCAGCAAAUCCUGGCUGCAGCAGGAAUAGCCUCUGCAGAUGCUCUGGUGAGCACAGAGCAAUGCACAGCCCCUGCUGUAUGAAGGGGAAAUGGAUGCAGUAUGUGUCACAGUACAUUCUCAUUUUAGGGCAUGGAUUUUAGGGUUCAAUACCUCUUUGGAACAUGUAUAAGCCAGGAUCCUUUCUUGGUUUCUCUAGACAGCACUGUUCAUUUCAGGUUCAAAGCCUGGGAAUGAAUUAACAAAUAACCUUGUUAUUGCAGAUUACAUGGAAUAGCUUCCCCCUGCUCCAUGAUUCUCUUCAGCCACGACCUGUGCUUGCAAGCUCUGAGUUUGCAGAGGGCCUGGCCAAGGGAACACAAACCCCUGGCACCUCCUCCUGAGAGUGCCCAGGUCUUGUGGCCAAGGUGAAGGGAGUGGCAGAGGGAUGCAGGCACAGCUCCUCCCCUGCCUGCACAGCUCCAGUGUGGCCAGCCCAGCUCAGCACUGUGUGGAGAAGGACAGCUACAAAACAACUGUUGGAUGCCCUGGGCUCCCUUGGGGUUUUGUUUUCAUCCAUUUUUAGCUUUGCAAAUAUCUGUAAAUGAACUAUGGGUGGAUUGUGGAGCAGACAUGGACAGAGAUGCCCAUCAGGCAUCUUGCAGGAUUGAAAUGUUUUGCAAUGGAUUGAAAUAUGUUUGAGAGCAGAACAGAAGCAUGUCAUUCCCCCUCUGUCUGGCUCUGUCCUCUGCCUGUACCACAGGAGAGCUGACCAGGUGCCAUGUCCCUCUCUAGGCAGAGCCAGUGGUUUUACUGGGGUCCUCCCAACUCUAAAAGAUUAUGCCACAACCAGGGCUCCUUUCAUCCUUCAUUUUGCAGGGGCUGGUUGCUUCUUCCCUCCUUGUGUGGCUGUGGCAGAGGCAGUGUCUGUUGCACAGCACCUGUGCAAGGUGCCAUAGGAGGCUGCUGUUCAGAGUCCCCCUGCUCUGGCUGCUUUCUGCUUUUCAGCAUCCUGAGGAUUUAAACCAGCUUUCUGUAGUUACAGGAAUUAGUUACAGGAAUAAGCUUGAGGCUUCCUAUUCACUCUUUUGUUACUUGAAAAACAUUUUACAGGUACCUGAUUCCCUGGUCUUGUGGGAAUGCUGCUUGAAGCACCCACUGGUGAGCAUUUCUGCUCCCUUGGGCCCUAAAAGAGGAGUUCAGGCUGAAGCAGCUCCAGGCUCAGUCCAGCAGGAUGCUGCUCUGGGCCAGGUCACAGGGGAGAGACAGCCCCAGGAACCAGAGCUCCCUCAUCCUCUGUGUCCCUGCUGCCCACACAGAGCCAUUCCCAUCAGCUGGAAGGGAAUGCAAAGGGAAUUCCUUUCUGCUGAAGAAAAGCAGCUGUCUCCUCUGUGGAUUUGUGGUCAGUGGCAAAAGCAGGAGUGUGUGCCAUGUGGAACAUUGAAAGAAGGAGUCAGAGGUUCCUAUACAUAGGGCAGAGAAAAAAAUUUGCAGCCUUUGUUGUAGCUGUUUCUUGCAAUUUCUGAUGCCAGCCUUGGAUGGGGUUGACUUUUUGAGAUCACUGAAAUUACCUGAAGAGCUGGUGGUGUUUUACAACUCUGGGACAUUGCCUCUAGGCAGGACCAGCCUGCACAGAGCACAGGACCCUUCCCACCAGGGCUCAGCCCAGGCCAUGGGAUGUUCCCCUGCAGCAGCACCUACAGACAGGCUACUGAACCAGGGCUGCCCUGAAGAAAUCCUGAGUUUUAACAUUUUGCUCCUUCCUGGGAGCAAACCUCUGCUUUUCCUGGGUGUGUCAGGCAGUUGGUGCUGAUGCAGGAGGUUCAGAGUAUGAAGGAGGUGGCUGUGCAGGGGGAGGAGCACCCCAUUUCUCCUUCACCCAUUAGGAACUGUCGGGUCCAGCUCAAGGACCUCAGCCAUGUUUUUAGUUGUAUCAUAGAAUUAAACAUGAGUCAUGUCCUCGUUCUCCCCCAAACCCCACCUGCCCAGAUCCCUGUCAGUCCCAUGUGUCAGUGCUUCCUUCCUUCAGGUUUUUAUUUGUUCUCCAAUUGCAAACUGCUCCAGUGAUUUCAUGGCAGAAAAUCAGCAUCCCAGGGCAGGCUCUUCUGGGUUCUUCUGGUUGGGCUGGAUCCAGGGCUGCCCUCAACUCUCACCCAAAAUCCUCCAACUGCUGCUAAAAAUAAUCCUGCCAAUCCAAUGGCUGUUGAUAACAGUGUGAGAACUGCAUGCAAGUGCCAUUAGUGCCCAGGUUAAUGCCUGGAAAUGCACAGGGUAGUUAGUGCCUCUUUCCAGCCCAGGACUGUGGUGUCCCCUGUCCCUGCUGGCUGUGGCCAGGCAUUGUUAUCCCUCCCCUGUGUGGGAGGCUGUGGCUCCAGGCUUGACUUUGGGGCUUGUGAGACAUGAAGCUGAGGAGCAGGGUGUUCACUUUAGCACAGUGGCAGCCACGUUUUCUGCCUGUGCAUCCUCCUCCACACUGCCUCUGCAGCAGCUGGGGGCAGCAGGGACAGAGGGGACACUUCUCCUGCUGACCCAAGCACCAGGACAACCUUGGUGGCUCUUGGACAGGCACAAGAGGAGGCUGCCAGGCAGUAACUGACAGGAGGAUGCAGCUUCAGAAGCUCUGUUCCAGCCUUUGGAAGAGUCUCAUUCCCUUACAUAACCCAUUCUCCCCAUUCUUGUUUCCAUCAGAAUUAGAGGAUGGGUGAUCACCUCAAUUUGCUUGACAUGUUCACCUGUUCCCAGCACCCAGCCAGGCCAGCAGCUCCUGCUGCUGCUGGGAUUUGGGCCUUGGAGCCCCAGUGCCCAGGGCACACCUGCAGCCCCAGGCUGCAUGAGUCUGGCACUGGCAGGUUGGCUCCUGCAGCUUGGACACUGUGGGCAGACAGAAGGGACAACCUGAGGGAGAGCUGCACAGAGGGAGGAGCAGCCUCAUUUCCUCCUCGGUGCUUAGGGCAGAUUUUUGUUUGGUUUCUCUGGGCUAAGCUUCAGCCAGCCAUCACCCUGCAGGGUGACACUGCUCCUGUUCAGGGCUGGUUACAAGGGGCUGGCACAGCACCACAUUGUCAGUGCCUCAAGGGGCUUGAACAAGUCUGAGCAUUUCUUUCUUUCUCCCCUUUGUAUGGACUCCAAAGGAGCCCAGAUUCCCUCCAGAUACCUACACAACACUAACCCAAAUUUCUAGAACUGCCAAGAGAGCAGAGAAGCUCCUGGUGCAGAAGCUGCCCAGCUUGGAUCAGGGUCUGGCUCUCAUCCCUGGCCAGCCUGGGGAGGAAACACAAAUCUUUAGGAUUUUUUAUUUAAUAAGUUAUUUAUGUAUCAUUUGCUCUGUAAGUGAAAUAGCACUUUUGGCCUCAGACACACACCAAACAGGCUGAAGUGGGGCUGGGAACCCCAAACUCUUGCAGCCUCUCCUUCCUGCUCACCUCUCAGAAACCCCAUGCAGCCUUUCACUGGGGAGGGUAGAAAAAAAAAAGUGUAUUUAUUUCCCUUUAAUUACCAGACCUGAUGUAAACAGACAGGGUGGGGGAAUCCUGCCCAUGCAGGGGCCUUUGGUACAGCUCCUGCUCUGGGCUGCAGCCAUGCAAAGGCUGCUUGCACCUGCCAUUAGGCUCAGUGGGGCCAGGCCCUGCAUGUGUGGGUGGGCAGUUCCUGCAAGCUUGGGGGCACAAGGCACAGGGGAGCCUGAAUGCAUCAGCUGCCUUCAUGAGCUCUGCACAGGGGGAUGUUCCACCACCAGGCACAGGCAGUGGUGGCAGCAGCUUGGGAUCAUGCACUGGACAUUGUGUGGCGCUGAGAAGUG